GGAUGUGAGCCCGUGCUAAGCUGUAGGUAGGCGGUCAUUUCUGUUUGUUUGUUUGUUUGUUUUUUUGUUGUGUUUGUUUGUUUACUUUUAUGUUCAAAGGCGGAACAUUGACGGGAUUAUCACACAAUCUGGCAACUAAACAACGCGCGCAAGAUGCGCGUCAUUGCAUCAUCAUCAUCAUCAUCGCCAUCAUCAUCUUCAUCAGUCUCAUCCGGGAUGCAGCAUCGCUCUGCGCUAUAGCACAACAGCGCGCGAGACCGUGCGCACCUUCACGUGUGUCUUUUUACAAAAUACACGUUUAUCAUUUAUUAUUUCUUUAUUCCGUGAUGCGUAACCGGAAAUGUUCCAAACCGGAGCUCCACCUGCGCACAGAUGCUCUCUCUCUCUCUCUCUCUCUCUCUCUCUCUCUCUCUCUCUCUCUCUCUCUCUCUCUCUCUCUCUCUCUGUCUGUCUGAACUGCAUUAAAGAGCACCAACACCCACAGAGCACUGUCCCCAUCCCUCCAUCCUCUUGUACCAUGUCUCUCAGUACCAUGCUGCUCUGCUGAGAUUCCCCCUCUCUCUCUCUCUCUCUCUCUCUCUCUCUCUCUCUCUCUCUCUCUCUCUCUCUCACUCACUCUCUCACUUUCUCUCUCUUUCCCCUCCAAAAUGAGCCGUUUUCUGUCUAAGUUGGACCCCAGGCGAAUCCAGUGGAGAGCAUUCGGCUCUCGUGUCCUCCGCACCAAGCCGGUGGAGUCCAUGUUGGAAAGUGAGAGCAGCACUAAAUUGGCACGCGUCCUGACGACCUUUGACCUCGUCUCCCUUGGUGUUGGCAGCUGUGUCGGCACGGGAAUGUAUGUUGUAUCCGGGCUUGUUGCUAAGGAAAUGGCUGGCCCAGGGGUCAUCGUGUCCUUUAUCAUUGCUGCUGUGGCCUCCAUCCUGUCAGGUGUGUGUUAUGCAGAGUUUGGGGUGCGCGUGCCAAAGACCACGGGUUCUGCAUACACCUACAGCUACGUAACGGUGGGCGAGUGUGUGGCCUUCUUCAUCGGCUGGAACCUGAUCCUGGAGUAUCUGAUCGGCACGGCGGCCGGAGCGAGCGCUCUCAGCAGCAUGUUCGACUCGCUCGCUAACCACAGCAUCAGCUCCUUCAUGAUCAGUCAUGUGGGAACACUCAAUGGCCUCGGUAAAGGUGAAGAGGCGUACCCCGACAUCUUGGCCCUCUUCAUUGGCGUCCUUGUCACGGCCAUCGUGGCUUUGGGAGUGAAGAACUCUGUUGGCUUCAACAACGUACUGAACAUUAUCAAUCUGCUCGUCUGGGUCUUCAUGAUGAUUGCUGGGUUUUUCUUUGUCGACAGCUCCAACUGGGAUGAAGGACGUUUCCUGCCGUUCGGCUGGUCAGGGGUGAUGCAGGGUGCAGCAACGUGUUUCUACGCCUUUAUUGGCUUCGACAUCAUCGCUACGACAGGAGAAGAGGCCAAGAGUCCUAACACCUCCAUCCCCUACGCCAUUACAGCAUCACUCAUCACCUGUCUCACUGCCUACGUGUCUGUGAGUGUGAUCCUCACCCUGAUGGUGCCCUACACCCUGAUCGACGCUGACGCUCCCCUGAUGGAGAUGUUCUCUCAGCAUGGCUUUUACUCUGCCAAGUAUGUGGUGGCUCUCGGCUCCAUCGCUGGACUCACCGUCAGUCUCCUCGGCUCGCUCUUCCCCAUGCCACGAGUCAUCUACGCCAUGGCCGGGGACGGCCUGCUCUUCAGGUUCCUGGCUAACGUGAGUUCGUAUACGGAGACGCCGGCGGUGGCGUGUGUGGUGUCUGGGUUCCUCGCCGCCCUUCUCGCGCUGCUAGUGAGUCUGCGCGAUCUGAUCGAGAUGAUGUCCAUCGGCACGCUGUUGGCUUACACGCUCGUCUCCGUGUGUGUGCUGUUGCUACGUUACCAGCCUGAAAGCGACAUCCACGGCUUUGUCAACUUCCUAUCUGAACAGGAAGUGGCCAGGAAGAGGGAGAAUGAGGAGAAGGAGGAAUAUGAAGAAGGUGAUGAGUACACUGUCGAUGACGGUGGUGGUUGCAUCUCAACAAACACCUGUGGUGCGAAGAAUCUCCCUUCGCUAGGUGACAACGAGAUGCUAAUUGGCAAAUCAGACAAAACCAUGUCUAGCUAUGCAGCUAAUCAUCCGAACUAUGGCACUGUGAACAAAUCGAGCGGGAUCGAGUCCGAUGAGACGGAAAACGCCUACGUGCAAAAGUUAAAGCGGCUGAUGGGGCCUCGUUAUUACACUCUGCGGAUCCGCUUGGGGCUUCCAGGAAAAAUGGACCGUCCCACAGAGUCCACCGGCCGGACAGUGACUCGCUGUGUUCUCCUGCUCUUCGUCCUCGUCUUCGCCUUCUGCUCCCUGAUCACGUUCGGCGCAGGUUUCAUCGCUGAGGGACAGUGGUGGGCUGUAACUCUGCUCGUACUGCUUGUGGUCUUCAUCUCUCUCCUCGUCUUCAUUAUCGUGCAGCAGCCGGAGAACCCGAAGCGUCUGCCUUACAUGGCGCCCUGUGUACCAUUUGUCCCUGUCUCAGCCAUGCUGGUCAACAUUUAUCUCAUGCUCAAACUGUCAGGCAUCACCUGGAUCCGCUUUGCAGUCUGGUGCUUUAUUGGUGUGUUAAUUUAUUUUGGAUAUGGAAUGUGGAACAGCACGUUGGAGAUCACGGCUCUGGAGGAGGAAGUUCACGCCAGCACGUACCAGCGGUACGACAUGGGUGUUGACGACAACGUUGCUAUAGACGAUGACCUUUGCCCUCCGGGAGGCAGGAAACCACAAAGCAGGACCGAGAACCAGCCCCGAAGCUCAGACGAGGUUUCAGAUCCUAAAAAAUCCUUAACAUCCCGCAGCAGAGCUAAAAACAAGAACAUGGAACCCAGCUUCGAGGCUCUGGUGGUGGACGACGACUUGGACGAGCUGCUGGAGUGAAGACAGAAUUAAAAUCGUGGGUCCACGGUAACACAAACUCUUGGGCUAGAUGUUUCGAUCUGUACUCCAAAGGUUUAUUGUGCUAACUGACCUGUUUAUCUGUUUUACAUUGGUAUUUUUAACCCUUGACCCCUGAAUGGAUGGUAGAUAAUGACUCCUCAUUCUAUAGGCCUCCUGCAUACAUUAGCACUUUGCUUCUUCUCACACACUCCAAAGAUGGACGCUAAAUUCUCCUUUUUUGGGAAUUGUAUUUUUUAAGUUGAAUGUCUUGAGCUGCAGUAACUAGUGCACUGUUUCUCACCCAUUAGCUGGGUCAUGAUCCAUGUUACAGCUUCUUCUGAGGGAAAAAAACACACCCCAAACUGUACUUGUGUGAGAAGGUUCCAUCAGCGGAGGCAGUUCACAGCAUUCAGCUAAAACAUUACUGAGAUGUAAAACUGGCAGGAAUUCAAUAAGCUAGAGUCCAGUGAUGAUCCUGCAGAUGAACUCCAGAUGAGGACAAAUGAAACAGGAAGAGGAAGCCUAAAGAAACGGCCAAUCACGUGUCAGCUCUGAAACUCCAUGUGUGCUUUUUGUUUCCAAAUGAAGAUGAGAAAACAGCUCUUUGUUUCGUUCUUAUUCCUCUUUUUCCAUAAAAAUGAUUUAAGCUCUUUAACAUUUUAGAUGUUUCGUCACUAAGCCAUGACACGGUGGCUUAGUGGUUAGCACGUUCACCUCACACCUCCAGGGUUGGGGGUUCGAUUCCCACCUCCCCCUUGUGUGUGUGGAGUCUGCAUGUUCUCCCCGUGCCUCGGGGGUUUCCUCCGGG